AGCUAUAAAGUCACAACGCAAGCUGCUUUUUCUCAGCCUCAGUUUCACUUUGCCCGUGAGAGAUAGAAAGAAUGUGAACGUGAGAGGAUGGCAAAGCCAAAUUUGAUGGUAUAUAGUUACUUCUUUAUCUUCCUUCCUUCCAUCUCUGCAGAAAGUGGCUCUGGGUCAGAAACGUCAGUGGGAUAUGGUACCUGUGCAGAUGCUGAGCAGGACAACAGCUUUAAGUGUUUCGUUCAAAUGCCGGUACUCCAAAGCAAUUUCUUAAUUUGCGAUGCUACUGGGACAGACAUGAACCUGAACAAGGCAAAUGCCAGUUUUGCUGUGUAUGGGAUCCAACCCCGGCUGUGCUUCAUGAAAAGUCCCCUUGUCAGCAAUUGUUCCAUAUACAACCGUGAUCUUCUUCAUUCUUUGGAAGUCUGCUUGACCAUAACAUUGAUAAAUCCUUGCAAAGACUGCCAGAAAGUGAAAACAACUGAUAUCAUUAAACCUGAAGCACCAUUUGGUCUAAAUAUCACCUACCAGGAAAAGGCAAAUGAGUAUCUUGUUCAGUUCUCAACUCCACAUAUAGCAAACUCGUUCCUUGACAACAAAUUAAUACAUCAGUUAGCCUACCGACAAAAAAAGACAGACUGGACUACCAUCAUAUCUCAUUUUCUUAUAUUAAAACUUCUGGGAAAAGAAUUAGAGCCAGAAGUAACAUAUGAGAUGAAAGUUCGGUCAAAACCCAAUGGAGAUUAUUUCAAAGGCCCCUGGAGUGAAUGGAGCUCAUCCCAAUAUUUCAACACUUCAGCAAGAAUAUCAAGUGGAAUAAACAAAGUUGUCCAGAUGACAGCAUCUAUUACAAGCUUCUUUGUGCUCUUCAUUGUAAUUUUAUUGGUCCCAGUAUUUUGGCAAAAAAGGAUCAAAGCAGUUGUGUGGCCCACCAUCCCUAACCACCAAAAAACUCUGGAUAAACUCUGCAACAAACUAAAAAAGAACUCAGACACAAGUUUCUUUAAUCCUGAGAGCUUGGGGUAUGCUCACAUUCAUAAGGUGGACAGUAUUCAGGCUAAAUCAGAAAUGGACCAACUUCAGCCACCAUCACAUGAUCUGGAUGCAGAUGUUGAGAAUUUGGUGGAACAGAAAAACAACUUGAACCAAAUUCAUCAUGGUUGGUUGAAGCUACCUCUGGCAUAUGAAGGAAUGUUGCCAACAGAGAUGAAGAACAAGCUCUCCAGGGGCAGUGAGGACACCUGUGCCAAUGACUCGUUCCCCAGCAUCGUUCUGUAUGAUGAAAGUAGAGUUGCUGACCAACACAGGUGGGGCAAUGAUCUGGGCAAAUAUUCCAGUGCCUCAAUGGACCAUAUUAUUAUCCCUGAAUUAAAGACAGGUUCUUGUUGCCAAACUAAUCCCAAUGGUGAGAAAAGGGUAUUAAAUAAAGAAGAAACCUAUGUUACAAUGGCGAGCUUUUUUGAAAAUAAGGGGAAAUUACGAAAUUAAUAGUUGCAAGCAUAUGUUACCAAGAGGCAUUUCUAGGUAUUGCACAGGUCUGUAACAUCUGUUACAUUAUCUUUCCUUCUUCCAUGCUGAUUUUCAGUAUUGGUCUGCAGAUGUUUUUUAAAAAAUUGCAUAAAGUUUUUUUUUUAAUGAAAUUUUCUUGCAGACAAAAAGGCAGAAUUUUCUUCAUAGCACAAUUUCCACUAAAGCUGUAUUAAUUCCCUCACUCAGAAUUGCUUCAGAGCAUUUAAGGACCAUCCAGAAGCAUUUGGAAGUCACCAGCUUCUGCUCUUCCUCCUUCGGGAAUUCUGCAUAGAGAGGCUUCCAUGACACUGUGAAAAUAAAAACUCUGGCAUAAAGCCAAAGUAUGUUCUUUGAAACAUACAUGUAGUUCUCGUUUAGCAACUGCCUCAUUUAGCGACCAUUCGAAGUUAUGGUGAUGAAAAAGUAACUUUGUGACCAAUCCUCACAUUUACAGCUUUCACAGGUCUGUAAAGUGAAGGAAAGCUGAAGUAAGAUCAUAAGCACAGCUGCAGUUUCACUUAGUGACUGCUUUGCUUGACCAGUCCCAAUUGUGGUUGCUAAAUGAGGACUACCUGUAUAUU